AUGGAGCAAUUAUCAGAUGAAGAACUUGACCAUGGUGCAGAAGAAGAUAGUGAUAAGGAAGAUCAGGAUCUGGACAAGAUGUUUGGGGCCUGGCUUGGGGAACUGGACAAACUCACACAGAGUUUGGAUACAGAUAAGCCUGUGGCACCAGUGAAGAGAUCACCUCUCCGUCAGGAAACCAAUCUUGCUAACUUCUCGUAUCGCUUCUCCAUGUACAAUUUGAAUGAAGCCCUGAAUCAGGGGGAGACUGUGGAUCUAGAUGCCCUGAUGGCUGAUCUCUGUUCCAUAGAGCAGGAGCUCAGCAGCAUUGGGUCUCAUUCAGCAAACAAUGCUGCAGUGAAACGCCUCACCACAGAAUCCAAAGCUCAGAAACCACCUGCUAGCCGACCUUCUACUAAGCACGGCAGCAUGAAAGGAUUAUCCUCCUCAUCUGGUAAGGUGACCAAACCAUCACAUGCCAACGUAUCUUUGGAUGACAUCACUGCACAGUUAGAGAAGGCCUCUUUGAGCAUGGAUGAGGCAGCCCAACAGUCUGCAGAAGACAUCAAACCAGUAGUUACUGCUCAGCACAGGAGGACAGCAUCUGCUGGCACAGUGAGUGAUGCUGAGGUGCGCUCAAUCAGCAACUCCUCCCGUUCCAGCAUAACCUCUGCAGCUUCCAGCAUGGACUCCUUGGAUAUUGAUAAGGUGACAAGACCGCAGGAACUGGACUUGACAUCACAAGGGCAACCAAUCACUGAGGAGGAACAGGCUGCUAAACUCAAAGCUGAGAAGAUUAGGGUUGCAUUAGAGAAGAUUAAAGAGGCACAAGUGAAAAAGUUGGUGAUCAGAGUCCAUAUGUCUGAUGACAGCUCAAAAACAAUGAUGGUGGAUGAAAGGCAGACAGUGAGACAAGUAUUAGAUAAUCUGAUGGACAAAUCACAUUGUGGUUACAGUUUAGACUGGUCAUUGGUGGAAACCAUCUCUGAAUUGCAAAUGGAAAGGAUCUUUGAAGAUCAUGAAAAUUUAGUUGAAAAUCUUCUGAACUGGACAAGAGAUAGUCAAAACAAAUUAAUGUUUGUGGAACGCAUAGAGAAAUAUGCACUUUUCAAGAAUCCCCAGAACUAUCUUCUGGGGAAGAAAGAAACUUCUGAGAUGGCGGACAGAAAUAAAGAGGUGCUGCUAGAGGAAUGUUUCUGUGGAAGUUCUGUAACUGUGCCAGAGAUUGAAGGAGUUUUGUGGCUGAAAGAGGAUGGUAAGAAGUCUUGGAAGAAACGUUACUUUCUUCUUCGAGCUUCUGGAAUCUAUUACGUCCCUAAAGGGAAGGCAAAGGUCUCACGGGAUCUUGUGUGCUUUCUACAGCUAGAUCAUGUCAGUGUUUACUAUGGACAGGAUUAUCGGAACAAAUACAAAGCACCUACAGACUAUUGUUUAGUGCUAAAGCAUCCUCAGAUCCAGAAGAAAUCCCAGUAUAUCAAGUAUCUUUGCUGUGAUGAUGUAAGAACUCUACACCAAUGGAUUAAUGGCAUCCGCAUUGCUAAGUACGGGAAGCAACUAUACAUGAACUAUCAGGAAGCAUUGAAGAGAACAGAAUCUGCAUAUGACUGGACUUCCUUGUCUAGCUCCAGUAUCAAGUCAGGCUCCAGCUCAUCUAGUUUGCCAGAAUCUCAAUCAAAUCAUUCUAAUCAGUCUGACAGUGGAGUUUCUGACACGCAGCCAGCUGGACAUGUCCGUUCCCAAAGUAUUGUCACCUCCAUGUUCUCGGAAGCCUGGAAACGAGGCACUCAACUGGAGGAAUCCAGCAAGGCCCGUGUGGAGCCCGCAGGUCGGCCCUUCGCGUCUGCGGCACCUCCUGUGUCCCCACAGACAAAAGUGGCGACCCCCUACACAGCAUCACAGCCGUCCCCUCCGCUGCCCCCGCCGCCCCCCCCACCUCCCCCUCCCCCUCCCCCGCCCCCCCCGCCCCCCCCGCCCCUCCCCAGCCAGGCCGCCCCAUCUGCAGGCUCACCCGCCACCAUGUUUGUCAAGUACAGCACCAUCACCAGGCUGCAGAACGCUGCCCAGCACGGCGGGCCCUUUUCCAAAGCUCCUUGCACAGCAGCCCCCCCCCGCCCCCCCCCGCCCUCAGGAAAGCCGCAGAUACUGGUGCCCCCCAACGGGGUCAUGCCGCCCCCGCCGCCUCCCCCACCUCCCCCCACACCCGGCUCGGCCAUGGCGCAGCUGAAGCCGGCACCUUGUGCCCCCUCUGUGCCACAGUUCACGCCGCCGCCGCCCCCCCCCAAAAUCCAUCAGGUUCAACCAAACAUAGGCCAGGCCACUGCCACGUCCUUGUUGCCGCCGCCUCCUCCUCCAGUGCCGGCCCCGCCACCACCCCAGGCUCCCCCAAAGCCUGUCAUGGCAGCUCUCCCCCCACAGCCUGGUGGGAAGGCGGGGUCGCCAGGGGUCACAAUGUCACCCCCCCCGGUGCCAGCUCCCUUGCCCCUUGCAAUAAAAAAACAGCCGAGUGUCACCUCUCCCCAGGUGCCCCCACUGCCCCCAGCCCCUCCCAGUCCCGCUCCCCCGCCGACGUUCCCAAAGCAGCAGAGUUUCUCUGUGAAGCCCCCUCCGUCCCCUCAGUCCCCAGUGCCAUCGGUGGUGAAGCAGAUAGCCAGCCAGUUCCCACCCCCCCCCGCCCCGCCUGCCGCGGAGCCCCAGCCUCUGAAACCCCUUCCACUGAGCGGGGCGCCGCAGUCGCCUCCAGCAGUGAAGGCGAAGCCCAAAUGGCAGCCCGCUUUGGCUCCCUCGCCAGAUUUCCCUCCUCCUCCACCAGAGAGCAGCUUAGUGUUUCCUCCUCCACCUCCUUCCCCGGCUUCCUCUGCAGGUUCUCCCCCCCCUGACAAGUCAGGGUCUCCAGUCAAAAAGACCAGCAAGACAUCAAGCCCCGGAGGGAAGAAACCACCUCCGACACCUCAGCGAAACUCCAGCAUCAAGUCUGCCAGCUCCACUGAGUACCACGAGUCCAAGAGACCUUCGGUGGACCGCCUUGUCAGCAAAUUUGCACACCCACCAGAGCCGUCAGGGUCUCCUUCCAAGGAGUCGUCACCUCCUGCAGCCCCUCCGAAGCCAGGAAAGCUCAACCUCUCUGGGGUGAGCCUGCCCAUUGUCCUUCCGCAAGGAGGGAUCCCAGCCAAGGCUCCUGCUCCGGGCAUGUCUGGGAAGGAACCUGUGGUCGAAUUCCCUUCACCACCAUCCGACUCAGACUUUCCACCGCCGCCGCCUGAAAUAGAUCUUCCUCUCCCGCCGGUUGAGAUCCCAUCCGUGUUUUCAGGCAGCACCUCCCCAAAAGUCGCCGUUGUCAAUCCCCAGCCUCAGGCAUGGUCAAAACCGUCUGUGAAAAAAGCCCCGCCGCCCACGCGUCCCAAGCGGAACGACAGCACCCGACUGACGCAGGCGGAGGCCGCAGAGCCACCAGGGCCAGCAGGCCCUCAAGUGCCCACUUCACCCAAGUCCAGCCUUAGCGUUCAGCCGGGAUUCCUGGCCGACCUCAACCGGACGCUGCAGCGGAAAUCCAUCACCCGGCACGGCUCCCUCUCCUCCGCGCGCAUGUCCAGGGCAGAGCCCACGGCCACCAUGGACGACAUGGCCCUGCCUCCACCGCCGCCAGAGCUGCUGGCUGACCAGCAGAAGACGAGCAGCUUUGGGGGCAGUCAUAUAUCUGGCUAUGCAACGUUACGGAGGGGGCCGCCCCCUGCACCUCCCAAAAGGGAUCAGAACACCAAGCUGUCGCGGGACUGGUAGUCGGUCCCCAAGGGCCCGUGCUUUCCGUGACUUGGCCGCUCUGGGAUCGGCCAGCCUGUGAUCUUGCGCACUUGGAGACAACGCGGGGAUGUGGAUGAUAGCCCCGUCAAAAGAGGUGAUCUCAAACCAUAGCUAAGGCUAAAUGUAAAGACAUUCCCCUUUUGUGGCUAGGCCCGAAAAGUCGGGAGCUUGGGGCUGCUGAUAUUUUAUUGGGAAUGGUGGGUAGAGAGGCACUGACUUACCCUUUCAGUUUCUUUUACCCUUCAUAUGGAUUGGACCAAAAGCCCAUUUUCUUACUUUUUCUGCAUUUAGGGGAGAGUAGGAGGUAAUUUUUUGUAGCGUCUGUCCACGUGAGACAUGUUUGUGCAUGUAUUAUAAGUGUAGGUAUAUAAUAUAUUGUGCUAUAUUUCGUCGCAAUUAUAGAAGAUAACCAGAAUGUUUUUGUAGAAUCGUAUUUAUUGUUUCAGUCACUAUAUUAUCUGGAAUUGGACUCUGUAACUAGGCAAAUCUUACCACAAAGGUGAAGAUGUAGGGGGCACCGCAAAGAAAGGCAGAAAAGUAACACCCACCCCCAAACCUCUUAGCAGUUUGUGGUGGGUAAGUGGUGCAGAGCUGAGGUGUUCUGCUAGUAACUGUACAUUGUCCAGUGGUUGAAAAGUACAGAUGCAACAUACCAAAACAUUCUGGUCAUAGUACUACUGAAAAUGAGUGUGUUCUGAGGAGGAAAAUAGAUUUUAUAUAUAGUGGGCUGGAGUGAAAUAUAUUUAUACUAUAAAGAGCCUCCCCCUCCCUUCCAAAUAGUUUAAAAUUAUACACUGCUACAAAUUCUUUCAGAGUCCAUGCAGUAAGUAGGAUAAAUAUAUGUUAUUCCAAUCCGUCGUGCAUUCUAACUUUAUAGUAGGCUCAGUCAUUUGUUUCUAUGGCUGAAGAUGAAUAUAUUUGUGUUAACCCCUUCUGAAAGCUGCCAGGACUCCUGCAAUCGAUGCCGACCCACACCGGUACGUCACUUGUACGUGUAAUUCUUACCCUGAACGAGCAGGUAGGUUUCUGUGGAGAGCACUGUGUUCUCGCACAGGCGUACACAGCGUACAGUCUCCCCUUGUCUGUGCCUGGUAAGAUGUGUUAUCUUUACAACAACAAGUGUCUGGAAACAUUUAAAGAAAGUAUUGUUUGUAAUUCAUUAGAAACCGUCAGGGAACUUCCCCUUCGGAAAGUAGAGAAGGGAGUGGUAAAUUCAGGCCAAGGGCAGUGGGAAUUCUCUCUUUUGUUUGACCCGCCGGAGACGGCAACCAAUAAAAUCUGUUAAUUACAAAGUUGCACUUCUAGCAGUCAAGGGAGAAGACUGGAAAAAAAAAACCCAAACAAACCCAACCCUGAGAGGCAAUAACAUUUGCUGGUACUUUAUUUUAAGGACCCAUAUGAGCAGGAAAUAAGACCAUGUAUUUGCUUUUGUGUUUUCGCUCGCCAUCGAUUCACAGUCAAUCACCGUAUCAAGUACUAGAGCCCUUUCUCUUGUACUUCAGUAGCUGGAUUGUACAGUCCUACCCAAGUAUUCAGAUGUUGUGAUAAGGUAGUAUAGUUAGCGUAAGUGGUCUUAUGUAUCAUGCAUGUUCAUUACAGGGGGGUGGUACGCAGCCUUUGUAAAGUAACUACAGUCCUUGGACUGUACCUACCCUAUCCUCUGUUGUGGCAACUUCCCUCGUCACCACGGGGAUACUGUCAAGGCUGAGAUAGCAAAUGAUCUUACUGUUUGUCUAAUUUUUCUCCUCCAAAAGCAAAUUUUAAAUGCUUUCUUUCCCCCAAAGAAUGAAACAAAGGAAGUAGCUUGACCUGACAGUAUCCUCAAGUGUGUAAAAAAGAUGUAAACUAAUCUCCAUCACAGUAAUUCAGGCUGAUAGAUUUAAGAAAUAUUGUGACAGUGUCCCCCAUUCCUUUUUUUUUUAUAAAGCGUUUUUAAAAUCCAAAUAAGAAAAUAAAUGUCUUUGUGAAUACUUUAUGAAUAGGAGAAAAAGCUUUGCUAAUUAGAGGGGGGGAAAUGACACAUCUAUAACUAUAUAGUUUUAAAUAAGUACAUCGUGAAAAGAGAAAAAUUAAUGGUGCUGUCUCUGCUGACCUGUUUCAUAUGAUUUUUUUAAAAUCUGUUUCAGCACCUCUGGAAAUUGUUUUAAUAUUUCAGACUAGUUUUUUUGAGCAAUAAGAGUAUAUACCAUUGUGUGCAUUUUUAAAGCACUACUAUGGAAAGGCACUUUUUUGUAUCUUUCAAAUUGUUCACAAAGUUUUGUUUCUACUAUUUUUGUGCUUAUGAAGUGUCCUUAAAAGCAUUUGCAUUGUUGAUUUUAAGCGUGCUCAGUGUAGCUGGCGAAUAACUUCCUAGGAAGGUUGUCAAGCUGCACUGCAGUUCAUGGGUGCUGUAAUCUUCAACAUUGGUCCUCUUGCUGCCUUGUACUGCAGCAGCUCCUGGGGCUCAUACCCACCAGUGGCGCGAAAGGUGCGCAGAUACAGUCGUAACGCCCCAGCUGUUAGCGAUGGUAGGUAAGUGGGCAUGUUCUCCUGCUCCCUGGCAAGGUGCGGCUGGGCUGACACAGCCUGUGCGCCCAGGUGAGAGCAGUCGGGGAAUUCUGCUUGCCCCAUCUGUUUCUCUUUGCCCCCCUUCCCCCAGAACAGCUCCACUGGUGUGUGUCGGUUCCAGCCCUUUUUCUUUUGUUCAUUCAGUGCGGGUACCUCUGGGCUUUAGACGUGGCAGAGCAAUGUUUUGAGUGCAAUUUCUUCAGAGGCAUUUGAGCUUUGUUCUCAUUUUCCUGUGCCCAAGUUCAUUUCCUCAGUAUCCCUCCCUAGAUGAUGAGUCCAUGCUUACUACUGCAGGCUGCUACACAGCUUGCUGGGAGAGAGAAGUUUAACUCUUAAGUUUGCAGCAAAACGAAUGAGCGUCAGCAAAGGUGGCACCCAGUAUUCCUUCCUAAGCCAGCAGUGAUACAGAAAUACAGUGAGUGGCUGCAACUUGCUUUCUCUCAGCUGAGCACUGAAAUCUGGCUACAGUAUGGUUCAGACAGCCUGGUUGCCUCUUUAGCUUACGAGACCCCUUCCUUAUAACUUGCUGUUCCAGGGUAUUUACUGGUCUUGUGACAGUAAAUAUUUAUGCCUUAUUUGCAAGCAAGUUGUUUUCCCCCAUCUGCACUGGUUUCAUAAUUGCUCCGUUUAUUUAAAUCGGAAAACAAAGGGGCCAGAUCUCAGACACAGAGCGUGCUGCAAACACGGGCUGUAACCCUUUGGGCACUGUUAAAAUGAGCGUGUGAGGGCUGAGCUUUGGCGCCCUGGACACAAAGGCAGCAGCUGCUUCGAUUCUGACAUGUUGAGCGUACAGCUGCAGCGGUGUGACAUGAUGAAGUGCCUGCCCUUCACGCCUAUUAAGGUGGGUGUCUGGGGAAGCCCAGCCGCUGCAGGGGCAGCUGCGAGCGUACAGCUGCAUUCGUCAGUCUGUCCCAGCUUUGGUCUCCAUUUCCUCUGCCACGCAGCGGUAGCAGCCACCUCUGUGAGCAGCAGGGCCCUCCUGUUCAGCCAGGUUUCACUGUGCCUGCAGCACAGGUGUAGAAAGCCGGGAGCGAGUCCCUUCCGACACAUCUAUUGUAAUUCAGGUCUUGGAGUUGCUUUAGAAGGGUCUUACAUCAGCACAAGUCCCAGAGGAGAAAUUAUUUUAAAAAACAACUACAGGUUCUAAACAAACCACAGGCAGCGUGUUUGAGGCGGGUAUGCCAGGGGUUCCGUUUAGUCUUUCAAAACCUGUGGCUAGGGGAGGAGGUCAGGCCCGUGUCUCACAAUAAAAUAAUCUUGUUGUUUUCUGUGGAAGAGGACAGCUCCUGCUCCACCCUGUGCAGUGGUCUCCUGCGGCAAAACCACCACUGCUGGCUCUGACUUGGUGCACGACCUCAAAGCCAAAGAGCUCCUCUCCUGAACUUACUCUGCAGUUUCCUGCAGGGCAACAGUGACCGACUGACACAUCAGGGAAACAAAGUGAAGGUACCUGGAUCACUUUGGUUUCAGGUCUGAUGGGAGAGGGAGCAGUUUUCUCAACAAGUGCAUUUUAAGAUUUACUGUUCUGGACUUGCACAUUUAAAGGUUUUCUGAUUUCUUCUUUCUGUGUCCUUAGGCAACCAGGUAGAUCAGCUCAGAGAUAAAGUAUGACCAGUUUUUCUCUGAGUUAAAAUUAUUUUUUGCAGAGUUUGAGGAACCAAAAGUGCCAUUUCAACAGCAAAAGGGCAAAAGAGAAAUCUUCCCGUUUAUUACAGAAACUGCACAGAACUAAACUGUUUUACUUCAGUGGUACCAUUGCAGGUAAAUUUCUUUCCUAUUCAAAUUAAGAUUGUAAGUGGGUCAUACUAUUGAGUAUUACUUAAAUACAGUCAUGUCAAAAUCAGUUGCACUCCAGGAAAGCAAUAGAGAAGGUAGUGAGGGUGCAGCCAGAACGUGAGUUUGGGUUUUUCCUCCUUUUUUCAUUGUCAAGGUGUAGCUUACAUACCUGUUCAAACAGCGCUCCUCAUUUGGAGGUGAGAGGAGUGGGAAGUUUUGCAUUCUCUUGCACAACUGGAGCAGACUCCAGAUGGGAUAGUUUCUCUUAGACCAUUUUAUAGUGUGCUGGUUGGUUUUAAGCGUUUGUUUUGAAAGAGUAAGUUUGUCUCAAGUUCAGUGAUCUUCCUUUCUGAAUUCUUUUUGUUCUGUCAGUUAAAAUGUCCGUGAAGACUGACAAAACCAGUGUUGGGUUGCAGGGGUCAGCACUCUCCAAUACUGUGAUCCGCUGAGUCACAGGCUCUGUCUAGUUUUGAAAAGUUUAGGACACUAAACUGCAAAUGAGGCGACGGCACAUGCUUAUCCCUUACAACGUAAAUUUAAAGUAAUUGCCACGAACAUGGGAAAAAGAGCGAUUUGGGUAAUGACUGCUCGGUGCUCAGAGGUGCUCAACAGGGCAAGGACUCCGUGAGCUCUGUUCCUCAGAACUGCGUAUCUUCGGUGAGGAGAGCGAGAGCAGUUGGAAGGGCAGGAGGAACAGGAACUAGUGCUGUACGCACAGUCCCUCACAGCAGGGUUUAGCAAGGGAAAUGAGAAGGAACUUGAGUAACAGAUUUUGGACACCCCCCCCCCUCCCCCUUAUUUACAUGCUUAAAGGCAACUUGUCUUCUAGAAGACUUGGGAAUUGAACCAACAAACUGUUCCUUACAGUGGAAAAUAGGUCCCUCCCAUGUUUCCCAAGAUGCCAAAGAUGCAUUCAGAGCUAAAUUCCAGGUACGCAGAUGUGCACGAUGUGCUUGCAUCUCCCCAGGCCAAGCUGCCAGGAGCUCAAGUGCUGCCGAUUUGCAGCAGCUGUUGGUGAGAGAACAGGGCUGCCAGUGCUCGCUGUUGUGCCUCUCCUGCCUUUCACCAACACUGGUACCUGGGUACACAUUUGCAGGGGGCAGGGGCAAACGGACCCGUGCCCAGGGCUCCCUGCUGCUGAAUUGGUCCUUCUAAAAGGAAAACUAAACACUUUGUCACAAGUUGUAAUUGCAGAUCUUAGGUCUCCUUCUAGUGGACUGCAGUGGACCAGAAAUGAGAGCAGCAGGUUGUUUUAUGGCUUACACUAAUUGUUAGCAGUCACUGGUGAUAUUCUGUAUAAUACUGGGGAUGCAAAUGUAAGAAAAAAAGUGUCAUUGCAAUGAUGAUUUGUCUGUGCAGCAAGCUUGUGCUGAGUGCUGUAAAUACAUUCAUGUUUACUGCUUUAAAAAGAAAAUUGCACAUUUUAUCUUUCAAUGGGAUUGCCUCCCCUCUUCUUCCCUUUUCAAAAAAAAAAUCAAAGCUCUUUUUAGACUGAUAGCUUCAGGUUGGGGGGAGCUUUGCCAUAUUAUAUAUAUAUAUAUAAAUAUAUGUAUAAAUAUACUUUUUUAAGCAUGGGAGAGGACAAAAGAAAUACUACGUUAUAGAGUACCCAAUAUAGAUCAUUAUACAAUGGAAUAUGCACAAUUCAAUAAAGAUGUAGUUAAAUUUAA